AGUAGCUGUACAGUGUCCCAAUUGCGAGUCAGAUUCACAGGCGAAGGCGAUAGAGCACGUAUGGCGAUGGCAGCUUCGUCUUCCUCUUCUCUCCUCCUCAAUCCAUUGAGUUCUCGCCUCCGGAACUUGCCGGAGCUCUCCUCUCUCUCCUUCACCGCCGCGGGCGCUCUCGAUUUCGGCUCCGCGGCUUUGGUGCUGAAGAACCAGAGACGGAGGUGUGUGACUGUCUCUUCCCGUGAUCGAUCUGUCGUUUGUAAGGCGGUGUCUGUGAAGCCCGAGGCUGGAGUUGAAGGGCUCAACAUUGCCGAUGAUGUCUCUCAGCUUAUCGGGAGAACACCGAUGGUGUACUUGAAUAACAUAGUGAAUGGCUGUGUUGCAAAUGUUGCUGUUAAGCUUGAAAUCAUGGAGCCAUGUUGCAGUGUCAAGGAUAGGAUUGGAUACAGUAUGAUCACUGAUGCUGAGCAAAAAGGACUUAUAACACCUGGAAAGAGUGUUCUUGUGGAACCCACUAGUGGAAACACAGGCAUCGCCCUUGCGUUUAUUGCUGCUGCAAAGGGCUAUAAACUUAUCUUGACAAUGCCAGCAUCCAUGAGUUUGGAGAGAAGGGUUCUUCUAAAGGCAUUUGGAGCAGAGCUUGUAUUAACAGAUCCUGCUAAAGGCAUGACUGGAGCAAUUCAGAAAGCUGAACAGAUCUUGAAAAGCACUCCCAAUGCCUACAUGCUUCAACAGUUUGACAAUCCUGCUAAUCCAAAGAUUCAUUACGAGACCACUGGUCCUGAGAUUUGGGAAGAUACUAGAGGCAAGGUAGAUAUAUUUGUUGCGGGAAUUGGAACUGGUGGAACAAUCAGCGGUGUCGGCCGAUACAUCAAAGAGAGAAAACCUGGAGUGAAGGUUAUUGGUGUAGAACCUACAGAAAGCGACAUACUUUCUGGUGGAAAACCUGGACCUCACAAGAUUCAAGGAAUAGGAGCAGGAUUUGUACCUAAGAAUUUGGAUCUGAAUAUUAUGGAUGAAGUCAUAACGAUAUCCAGUGAAGAAGCUAUUGAAACCGCAAAGCAAGUAGCUCUGCAAGAAGGCUUAUUGGUCGGUAUAUCUUCGGGAGCUGCGGCUGCUGCUGCUGUCAAGGUUGCAAAGAGACCGGAGAAUGCUGGGAAACUCGUAGCUGUCGUGUUCCCAAGCUUUGGGGAACGUUACCUCUCGACGCCUCUUUUCCAGUCUAUCAGAGAAGAAUGCGAGAAAAUGCAGCCUGAGCCAUGAACUUCCCUCCGCCCCUUCUGGCUUGUUCUUCCUCUCCAAAUCUCCUCUUCUACUGUUCAUUUUGUAAUUGAUGUUUGCAUCCCAAUAAAGCAUUUGAAUAAAAAUCCUUGUUAUAUGGGUGAUUGGUUGCGUAAUGACGCUCAAAUACAGCGUUUGCGAUAGCGAUUGCGAUUGCGAUUGUGGGUA